UGCGCUGUGCGUGGGGAUUCCCGCGGCCCGAGCCACUACCCGGCCUGCCCCGCGGCAAGAUGGCGGCUUGAAGGCGGCGGGCACCGGCGGAAACAGCAUCUGGCCCAAUUUCAGCUGAAGACCCAGGGGCCCCAGGGACUGGAAGAAAUCACAGUGCCUGCUUGGAAAGAAGAAGAGGUAGCGACUUGCCCCAGCCCAACCCCAGAGCGGGCAUCUGUGACCCUGGAGGUGGAGUGGGAGGGGCUGGGCUCCUACCCCUUCCACGUCUGGAGCUUGAAGUGGACUUUGGCCAAGAGGAGCUGGAAAGGCACCUGAGCCAGCGAGGGCCAGAGCCUGCCUUGAACUCUGUACUGGCCAGAAAGUCAGGACCUCCAUGGAGCCUGGAGUGCCUGGCUGGAGGAAGCGGAGGGGCUGUGGGAUGCGGAGAGCAGAGGGCUGACUCCCGCAGGGCAGUACAGAGCGAGCUGCUGGCGCCUAGACGCAGGUGGAGGAGCCCACACCUCCCAAAAUGACCAGUGCGGCCCCUGCCAAGAAGCCCUACCGCAAGGCCCCGCCGGAGCACCGGGAGUUGCGGCUGGAGGGUCCUGGGUCCCAGCUUGAGCAGGAGGAGCCCCUGACGGACGCAGAGAGGAUGAAACUUUUGCAGCAGGAGAAUGAAGAGCUUCGCCGGCGCCUGGUCUCGGCCACCCGCCGCACUGAGGCCCUGGAGCGGGAGCUGGAAAUUGGGCAAGACUGCCUGGAGCUGGAGCUCGGCCAGAGUCGCGAGGAGCUGGACAAGUUUAAGGACAAGUUCCGCAGGCUGCAGAACAGCUACACGGCCUCCCAGCGGACCAACCAGGAGCUGGAGGACAAGCUGCACACAUUGGCCUCUCUUAGCCACAGCUGGAUUUUUGCAAUCCAGAAGGCUGAGAUGGACAGGAAGACUCUGGACUGGGAGAUCGUGGAGCUGACCAACAAGCUGCUGGAUGCCAGAAACACCAUCAACAGGCUGGAGGAGCUCAAUGAGCGGUACCGGCUGGACUGCAACCUGGCGGUGCAGCUUCUCAAGUGCAACAAGUCCCACUUCCGCAGCCACAAAUUCGCCGAUCUGCCCUGUGAGCUGCAGGACAUGGUUCGGAAACACCUGCACAGCAGCUCUGAGGCUGCCAGCCUUGGUCCCACUCCCAGCCCAGCACCAGGGGCUGUGGUGCCCACCUCGGUCAUUGCCCGUGUGCUGGAGAAGCCAGAGUCCCUGCUGCUCAACUCUGCACAGUCAGGCAGUGCUGGGCGGCCCUUGGCUGAGGAUGUCUUUGUGCACGUGGACAUGAGUGGGGGUGUCCCAGGGGACACAGCCAGUCCCCCAGCCCCCAGCAGUCCUACCCCCCAGACCAAUGGCGAGUGCCACUCUCUGGGUACUGUGGGGGGCUCCCCAGAGGAGGAGCAGUCCCUGCCAGCCUUUGAGAAGCUGAGCCCCUACCCUACCCCAUCUCUGCCUCACGCACUGUACCCUGGCCGCAAGGUGAUAGAGUUCUCGGAGGAUAAGGUCCGCAUCCCCCGCAACAGCCCAUUGCCCAACUGUACCUACGCCACGCGCCAGGCCAUUUCCUUGAGCCUAGUGGAGGAGAGUGGUGAGCAGGCCCACCCUAGCCCGGGGCCCAGCAACCCUGCCUCAGCUCAGGUCUCCCCGCACCACCAGCCUGCCCCUGCCGCCCCUGUGCCCAGCAACCCCGCCAGCUCCGCUAGCUCUGAAGAAGACCUGUUGGCCAGCUGGCAGCGGGCAUUUGUGGACCGCACUCCGCCACCUGCCGCUGUGAUCCAGCGCACGGCCUUUGGGCGGGAUGCCCUCCCUGAGCUGCAGCGCCACUUUGCCCUUAGCCCUGCUGACCAAGAUGAAGUGAUUCUGGCACCUUCUGCCCCACCUGAUGAGAGUGGGCUCUUGCUACCAACAGAACCUAACCCAGGCUCCCCUGGGGAGGAGGAAGAGGAAAUACUGAACCUACCUGUCAGCCCUGAGGAAGAGCGCCAGAGCCUGCUGCAUGGGAACAGGGGUGCAGAGGAGGGGCCUGGCGCUUUGCACACUGAGGGCAGGGCCUGGCCACUUGCUGGCUCCAGCCGCCCACAGCGCAGCCCCAAAAGGAUGGGGGUACACCACCUGCAUCGCAAGGACAGCCUAACCCAGGCCCAGGAACAGGGCACCCUGCUCAGCUAGGCCACCAAGGACAGCCUGGCCCUGGUCUGGUAGCAGGCAGUCCAGGCCUAGGCCUGGACUCUUACCUCUGACUUGCACAGCUUUGUUUCCUGUGUGAGUGACAGGCUCUGCCAGACCUUUUGGUUUCAUUGACAAUGGCACCAGCUUGCCUCCUUCAUGACCUUGUCCUUGUCUUGGAGUGUUUAUUCUCCAGAGUAACAUGCAGGUGGCCUCAGGCCGUUCCCUCCAUCCCCAGCCCAGGUCGGGCUGUCCUGGGGCACUGAGGGGCUCAUCAGUGUUCAUCCCAACCUCCCUUCAUGUUCCUGGGCUUGGUGGUUUGGGGUAUCACUGGGAUUAACCUCUGGUUUGUUUUCCUCUGCUUCCCUCUGCACGAGCCGUUGCCCUCCCAGUGCCUGGCCCAGCUACCCUGCAAUGUAGAAUUGAGACUCAGGGCUCCCCUUGCUGCUCCUACCCCCAGUAGGGGAGUAUGGACUUCAGAGGCCUCAGGCUGGGCUCUGGGUGAAGCCCAGCUCCUCCCAACCUUGGCUCUUAGACUGUUACUCCCAGCUUUGGGAAAUUUUCACAUUGAUGACUAUUUUAAAAUAAAACUAUUUUACUGGUA